GACGCCUAUGUGUGCGGGUCCUCGGUGUAGGACGCACAGGCUUCAAACACUUCCUGGUUGGGAAGAGUCUUGUUAUUGUGAGCUGGGAAGUGACAGGAAACGUGUUGUGUGUCAGAGGGGAAGGAACCCUGCAUGCCUUUAGCACUGCUGACUGGGGCUGGGAAGCUUCGCUGGCAGCCAUAGGGUAUUGUGUAUGUGGCAGGUACAGUGGGCUGUGUGUGUGGGGCAGGAGGGCAGAGUGGGCAGAGUGGGCAGAGUGGGCAGGAGAGCAGAGUGGGCAGAGGCUUAGGCUGAUACAUAUCUUGCCCCACUGUGUAUUCCUAUUAGUAGUAGGGGUGUGUGUAACUGACUAGUAGUAGUGCAUUAUUCCAUUAACCCACCCCCAACAUUGGGAUCAAAAGCAAAUACCUAAGCUGCUUAUCAGCCAAUGUCCCCUAUACCCUCUAGUAUGUGCUUUUCUGUAUAGUUACGCCCCUUCGUGUGUUAAUGGAUUCCUACCGCCGUCACUAGUCUAUUGCUAGUCGUGUCACUAUUGUAUUAUAUUACUGUACAGGGAUCUGUCCCUUAUUCUCUUGGCACUUUCUGAUUGUAUCUGUGUUUGGGGUGUAGGGUUUCCAGGCUCGGCUGUAUACGGGGAUUACGGUUGCCACACUGCUAGUUAGGCUGCUCAUUCAUCUCUAGAGUCGGUUUGUUCUUGGAUUAAAGGGAGACGGAAGGCGUUUUAUAGUCAGGUUUCAAGUGACAAUGGACAGCCAUAGUACAACAACAGGGUUGUCAUUGUGAUCGCUUGGUUUGUAAGUAGAAAGCAGUGUCUUGACACAGCCAUGGAGUAAGAAUAAUUGUCGUGUAUGUGUAUAAUAUUAGGGCUGUGUCGUUGUGUGUACUGAUACCAAUGCCUAUGUAGACUUUUGCAAUGUUAUUUUGCAUUGUGUGUACACACCGGUAUCUGCAAGCAGUAUGCACAGUGCUCUGUGCUGGGCAGAUUCCUAAGGCAGGACUUGGCGCUCUCUUCCUUUGAUUCUGGGAGCAUGGCGUGAGGCCACACGGUUGCGUAGAUUUCGGGGGGGAGGGGGGGGCAGGUAAGAGGGCAUGGACGAGGACUUGGGCAAUAGCAGCUCGGGUGCUUCCAGCGAGUCGGAAAGGAACCCCGAAACCGAAAGGCUUGUGGUGAGCCGAAGACACAGCGUCAAGGCCUUCAGCGGGCUUCGAUUCUUCAGGCGCAGAAAAGCCAUUGCCAAGUCCGGCGCCCAGCACCUGGUGGCUACCCCCAGCGUCCUGCCCAGUGAGCCUGAUACCCAAGUGCGCAACACUGUGGACUGGACUGACGCCGCAGUGUACGGGGAUCACCUUUGGUUUGAAACAAAUGUAUCUGGAGAUUUUUGCUACUUGGGAGAACAAAACUGCACUUCCAAGCAAAAGUCAGCUUCGCGAAGAAAGUGCGCAGCUUGUAAGAUUGUGGUGCAUACGCCGUGCAUCGAGCAGCUGGAAAAGAUAAACUUCCGGUGUAAACCCUCAUUUAGAGAAUCUGGGUCUCGCAAUAUUCGGGAGCCUGUAAUUGUUCGGCAUCAUUGGGUUCACCGACGGCGACAAGCGGGAAAAUGUCGACAGUGCGGGAAGGGGUUCCAGCAAAAAUUUGCCUUUCACAGCAAAGAGAUUGUUGCAAUCAGCUGCUCGUGGUGCAAACAGGCUUAUCACAGCAAAGUAUCAUGCUUCAUGUUUCACCAUAUAGAAGAACCCUGCUCUUUAGGGGUUCACGCUGCUGUCAUUGUGCCCCCCACGUGGAUAAUUCGUGUGCGUCGGCCACAGAGUUCCCUCAAGUCCAGUAAGAAGAAAAAGAGGCCGUCGUUUAAGAGGAAACUCAGCAAGAAAGCAUCUGAGGAACCCAGGCAGCGGCCGUUUAUAAUCAGACCGGCACCGUGUCCCCUGAUGAAGCCUGUGCUUGUCUUUGUAAAUCCCAAGAGUGGUGGAAAUCAAGGAGUCAAGAUCCUUCAGUCCUUCAUGUGGUAUCUUAACCCUCGUCAAGUGUUUGAUUUGAGCCAAGGUGGUCCUAAGGAAGCGUUAGAAAUGUAUCGGAAGGUCCCUUCUCUGCGCAUCUUGGCCUGUGGUGGAGACGGCACUGUUGGAUGGAUCCUUUCCGCCUUGGACCAACUGCGCCUUUUUCCUCCUCCACCUGUUGCCAUCCUACCUCUAGGGACAGGAAAUGACCUUGCCAGAACACUCAACUGGGGUGGGGGCUACACAGAUGAGCCGCUCUCUAAGAUCUUAAGCCAUGUGGAGGAAGGGAUCGUUGUCCAGCUGGACCGGUGGAACCUGGUAGUGGAGAGGAACCCUGAAGCUUGGGAAGAUGAUAAGGGGGAUGGCGCCACGGAUAAGCUGCCAUUGGACGUAUUUAAUAACUACUUCAGCCUGGGGUUUGAUGCCCACGUCACACUGGAAUUUCAUGAGUCCCGAGAGGCAAAUCCUGAGAAAUUUAACAGCCGCUUCCGUAACAAGAUGUUCUAUGCGGGGACAGCGGUUUCAGACUUCUUCACUGGCAGCUCCAGGGACCUGGCUAAACACAUCCGGGUAGUGUGUGAUGGUGUGGACCUGACUGCUAAAAUCCAGGACCUCAAACUACAGUGUUUAGUCUUUCUUAACAUCCCUCGGUACUGUGCUGGCACGAUGCCAUGGGGAAAUCCAGGGGAGCACCAUGAUUUUGAACCUCAGCGGCACGAUGAUGGAUGCAUUGAAGUGAUUGGUUUUACCAUGGCAUCCCUGGCUGCUCUGCAGGUCGGAGGUCACGGGGAGCGUUUGCACCAGUGCCGAGAGGUUCUGCUUACCACCUCCAAGUCCAUUCCCAUGCAGGUAGAUGGUGAGCCCUGCAAGCUGGGGCCAUCGGUCAUAAAAAUCAGCCUGCGGAACCAGGCCAACCUUGUGCAGAAAACCAAGAGGCGCACAUCCGUCCCACUGCUCAACGAUCAGCAGCCAGUGCCAGACAGACUGCGUCUACGUGUUAACCGCAUAUCCAUGCACGACUAUGAAGCACUGCACUAUGAUAAGGAGAAGCUGAGAGAGGCCUCUCUCCCGCUGGGAGUUAUUGUGGUCCCCGGAGACAGUGACCUGGAGACUUGUCGCACACACAUCGAGCGGCUGCAGGAGGACUUCCCUGCCUACCCUACAAUCUUACAGCGCCUCGAUCUAAAGGAGGAUGGAACAGCUAGACCCCAAACUGUCUCGUCACAGAAGCUAUCCCCCAAAUGGUGUUUCCUUGACUCCACCACUGCUGACCGGUUCUACCGAAUCGACCGUGCACAGGAACAUCUGAACUUUGUGCUGGAGAUCUGUCAGGACGAACUCUAUGUGCUGGAUCCCGAGCUGAUCAUAACCCAGUCUGUUGGCACCUCCCCUGCCCUGCUGGACACCAGCGACAAAGCUGCCAGUCCCAACAACAGACUUUUCCAGUUCCCCCCACCUCCGAUUUCCCCCCCACUCACUGGAUCACCAGAUGGAUCUCAGAGGAGCAGAUCAGCGAGUGACACCUUUCUCACCAAACCAGUCUGCAGCCACAAUAGGAUGGAGGAAGGAUUCUCAGAGUCUCAGUCUAAUGAAAUAUUGUUGGAAGCUUCAAAAAAUGGCGACUUGGAGAGGUUUAGGGAGGCGCACCGAGCCGGGGGCACCCUGACCCUGAGAGACGCCCAGGGCUGCACUCUCCUGCAUCAUGCCGUCACCUCUGGGAGCAAGGAGAUUGUCAAGUAUAUCAUUGAGCAUGCUCCCGCUGAAAUCCUGGAUGUAGCAGAACUAAAGAGAGGGGAAACCUGCCUGCACCUCGCUGCGUCCUUCCGCCAGCGCACAAUCUGCCAUUACAUAGUGGAGGCCGGCGCGUCCCUGAUGAAAACAGACCUGCAGGGGGACACCCCGAAAAACAAAGCAGAGAAGGCGAAGGACCUGGAGCUGGCAGCGUACCUAGAGAACAGGCAGCACUACCAAAUGAUCCAAAGGGAGGACCAGGAGACCGCAGUCUGAUGCCGCUGGGUGGGAGACGAGGAGAAACCGUACCCCCCCCCCCCCCCCCCAGACUUGAACCUCUCUACGGAAAUCCUAAACUUCCUAUUCCCUUUGAUGGGAGAACUGCACUUUUGUCCACACCCUCUCCCAGCAGAAGGCCUUACUCUACAUCUCCCAGUCACCCCCUUUCAAGUCUUGGGAGAAUGUUCCCUUUCACUGACAUUGGGACACCCCUACUCCCUGCAGCGCAUCAGACUGCCCCCCCAAACUGAGUAUCAUUACACCGCAGCCAGCUCUAUAGGGGCACACGAUUGGCUCUGUGUCUCUCUUAUGGAUCAGACCAUAAAGGAAGGGGGGGGGGGGGGGCAUUCUUACUCUGCAUAUUUGCUUUUAUACACACAAGGGAGUGCUGCCAUAGCUGGGACAACAGAUCAGAAAGGCUACCUCUUUAUCACCACUGGGGGCGCUGUUCGCAGUGAUGGAGCAGCAGCAAGCACUCAUGUACAAAUGCAGAAAUGUUUGGGGGGUUGUAAGGUAUAGCUUCCCCUUUAAAGCGAUUGUAAGCAGAGUAUUUCCGUUCUUUAGAGCAGUGACGUUGGGCGGCUGCCUGGGAUUAUGGGGGGGCUGUGGGUCACUGCUUUAGAGAGAGGCCCCCGUAUAGACCUGCUCACUGUGCAUACCUCACUAUAGGCUGUAUUAUUAUUUUUCUAGGAUCGCUGUUAGACCUACUUUUUAUUUGUGGUUGUUUUUGCACAAUUCCUUGCACAUACCACCCCCCCCCUCCCAUUUAGGCUCAGGAUUAGACACCCCUCUUUCCCCUGCUCCCAGGAUUCUGCCCAUACGGUGCUGCUCUUCUGCGCGGGGCCCUACCCCCAUACAUUCUGUGCGUUGGAGCGACCCCCCCGUGUCCCACUUGUCCUGUGUAUAUGGCUGGUUUGGUCCCUUUGUCCUUACCCUACUACCAGGUGUGCUAACUAGACAUAGGAGCGAUUGGAGUGUUUGUAGUUUUAUUUUAGCCCCCCCCCCCAUCCAGAGCACAGGUUCCUGCCUACAGAUUGCGGGGGUCAUUUAUAAACACUGGGCAAAAUUGCACCCAAUCAGAUGUUUGAUUUUAUUGUUCUGACAUUGAAAGCUAAUCACUGAUUGGUUGCUAUGGGUUACUGCCCAGGUGCAACGUUGCAGUUUUGCUCCGAUACUGCCCCUCCCGAAAGCCCUACAUUCUCUCUGUGGCUGUUGUUGUUGCACAUAGCGGGCGCCAAUCCGUCUUAUACUUGACCUUUACCUUUGGACCAGGAACUACAUCAGUCAUUCAGCCAUCUUGGACCAGUCACUGUUGGACAUUUUUUUUUUUUUUUCUUUUGUCGCUGUUGUUUUCAGCCAUCUUGCUGUAAUCACCGGCCAUGUCGACUACGGCCCUAGCCGCCAUCUUGGUGCAGCUGUUUGUGGCAUUGUUGCCCCGCCCCCUGCACCCAUGAGUAUUGUAACCUACAAACUAUAUUAUCACUGAGAUGAGUUAUUUGUUUCAUGCUGUUCUUUUUAUUUCAGUUGUUUUAUUUUAACUUAUUGCAUAUUUUAUCAUAGUUUUUUUUUGUCAUUUUGUUAUAAUAUUGAUUAACGAUGUCAAAGAAUUACACUUUUAACCUCC